AUGGAAAACCAGCAGGUCUUUUUACAGCCUCCGACCCCUAAUGGCAACGGUGAGAGGUCCCGCAGCGUGUCGUUCACCAAGUUAUUACCGCGGUCUUUAAGAAGGGCUAGCUAUGCAAACAGCAGCGAAACGAGUGAUGCGUCUGGCAGCGGGAGGGAUGGGGAAAAAAUGUACGGAUUCAGGCACGAGGGUUCUCUGGGCCCAGUGGACCAAGAGGCCCCCUUGACGGAGACGUCUCGCCACGAGACCCGUGUUCAGACGCUUGGCAUGGAAGUUUCAGAACAAAAUGAAGCUGUCGACUCGGAAGUUGAGGUACAACAACAUGAACAACUGUUCACUUCCACGAAACUCUCGUCUCGUAUUCGAAAUCUUUUCAAAACGAGUGCCGGAAAUAAGUCGAGCUCCGAGACAGCGAUCGCGUUUCCGGAGGCCCUUUCACCGGGAGAAGCUACUAUCAGUCCGUCAACCGGUUGUCAGCAGGAUAUCAAACAUCUCGACACUCAGGUCAGGGCUACUUCAUCUGGAUCCUCAAGACGAAUUCGUUCCCCGUCGACUCCCAUUAUGCCAAGUCAUAUCUCAGUCAGUCCACAAGCACAUUUUGCCACCGGAAAGAGUGCGCAAGCCUCACCAAACAGCGUCCCAGGAAAGCUGGGAGUGACCCGGGCUAAUAGAUCGGACACCGUGAGGGGAAGUAAUCCUUAUUUUGCAUACCAGGGACUGCCACUGCAUGCUCUUUCAUCUCAAGAAUUAAACACCAUGAAUAGUGAUCUACAGAUGGGCGAGCCAGGACUCGACUCGUCAUUGCUAGCAACCCCACCUUUAACUGGCUCUUCCGCGCUUUCUUCAAGCUUUCUGAGAGAAUUAAGCAACAUGAGCAAUGCCUCACUGAAUGAUAUUAAUGAAAAUGAAGAAGUACAAGUUUUUGGGCAAUUGGUGCAGGAUCGGGACCAAAAUCUCAGAACGGGCAUCGAAUUUUCCUCGCCAACCAAACAUGCGAGCCAUAAGCCAUUAGAAAACAACAGCAUCUACACCCCUCGCGUUUUUGUUGACAACGACGACUCUCCGAAUUUGGAGGAGCUGAAUUGUGAAAAGAGUAAAUCACCGCCAGCACCUAGUUCUCAAGGAACAUCACCAAAUUCAGAUGAACCUGUCCGCAAGCCGACUCUUCGUCGGGUUGCUUCUGAGCCGAAUGCGCUGAAAAAGGUUGAAGUAAAUGGCAAACAAAAUGCCCCCGACGCGAUAAAAACGGCUGCACCAUAUUCGAGCAACUCCCAUUCCGCCGAAGAGCCUAGGCGAUCAAGGCGGUUGCGAAACAAGUCCUUUAGCAAAAAGUUUCAAGAAGUUGUCGUUGGUCCUAAAUCAUUUGACAAGAUCAAAAUGCUUGGUCAAGGUGACGUGGGCAAAGUCUACUUGGUCAAGGAGAGAAAUACUAAGAGACUUUACGCUCUUAAAAUCUUUAACAAGGCCGAAAUGAUCAAGAGGAAAAAAAUCAAGCGAAUCUUGGCUGAACAAGAAAUAUUAGCAACCAGCAACCAUCCUUUCAUUGUAACAUUAUAUCACUCAUUCCAAUCGGAAGACUUUCUUUACUUGUGCAUGGAAUACUGCAUGGGAGGGGAAUUUUUCAGGGCGCUUCAAACCCGCAAAACCAAAUGCAUUAACGAAGAAGACGCGCGGUUCUAUGCCAGCGAAGUAACCGCAGCGCUCGAAUACUUGCAUCUGAUGGGUUUUAUUUACAGAGAUUUAAAGCCCGAGAACAUUCUUUUGCAUCAAUCUGGGCACAUCAUGCUCUCAGAUUUCGAUCUUUCCGUGCAGGCUAAAGAUACGAAAGAUCCAGUCGUCAAAGGGAGUGCUCAGUCGUCCUUGGUAGACACCAAGAUUUGUUCAGACGGAUUUCGAACCAACUCAUUCGUUGGAACAGAGGAGUAUAUUGCUCCGGAAGUUAUCAGAGGCAAAGGUCACACUGCAGCUGUAGAUUGGUGGACUCUGGGAAUCUUGAUUUACGAAAUGCUUUUCGGAUUUACGCCCUUCAAGGGCGACAAUACGAAUCAAACGUUUUCAAACGUUCUGAAAAACGAGGUGACAUUUCCAAACAACAAUGAGAUAUCCAGAAGCUGCAAAGACUUGAUCAAGAGACUUCUAGUGAAACAGGAGACCAAAAGACUUGGUUCAAAGCUCGGAGCCAGUGAUAUUAAAAAGCAUCCAUUUUUCAAAAAAAUCCAGUGGUCUCUCCUUCGCAACCAAGAACCGCCGUUGAUACCGGUCCUGACGAAAGAUGGAUAUGACUUUUCGAAACUUUCAAGCAAUGUAAAGAAAGACAAGUCAAAAAACGUGAAUGAUCAAGGAAUCUCAGACGCCAUGACGGAACAAGAACGUAUCAUGUUUCAGGAGAAGGUUGAGUUUGAUGACAUUGUUUCUGAUGAUGACCCUUUCCACGACUUCAACUCGAUGAGUCUAAUGGAGCAGGACAACAAUUCUCUUAUAUACGGAGAUUCUAACACAUACGGCAGGAUAUCGUACACUCCAAAUCAAAACAGGUCAAGAAGCAAUAGUCAUAGAUUCUUCAAGCGAUGA